GUAAACAAUUAUUUUCUAAUUAUAAUUAAUAAGCCAUACGGAAACCUCUCCAACUAAUGGCAUACACUUGUUCUUUGUCCUUUUCUAACCCGUCAAAAUCUAUAUUGAGAUUCUGACUAUCUGAGGUCUUGCUUUUCAAUUCUUGGACACCUGAUUUCAGGCUUAAUCACGGCAAGAUUUGGUUUUUGCUUUGUGGGUUGUCAGUUUCAUGUGUAAGGACUGCAGUAGAUUUAAGGGCUUAAAGGAUUCACAAGAAUCUUCCCACCGGGUGAAAUUAACGCAUUUUCUUCUGAAUUUGAGUUGUUGAUGUGAAUCAUUUGAGAGUUUGCUCUGAAGUCGAGAUGGAAGGGAAUUUUUCAUCUGGAAGUAUGAUGCAAGGCAAUGGUUCUUACGUAGAUUUUGACUUACGAGGGCCAAUGAGAGUUCAUCAUGGCCAACAACACACGCUUGCACUUCACCAACAGCAUCAUCAGCCUCAUGCCGGGCAAGGAUCAUCGACAGUUCUUCCCACAAUUCAUGCAAAUUUUCCUCUUACGCUAGGACGGAUGCAAGAUCGCGACAAAACUGUUUCCCAGGCAGACUACAGUGAAAGGGAGAGGGGAAAAUCUGCAAGCGAUGAGGAUGAGCAAACUUGUAUGGAAGAAAAUGAUCUGAGCAGGGGGAAGAAGGCUUCUCCAUGGCAGCGUGUGAAAUGGACCGACACUAUGGUUAGAUUGUUGAUUACGUCUGUUUCCUACAUUAGUGAGGAAGCAGCUUCGGAAGAUGGUGGUGGUGUGAGAAGGAAAUGCUCAAAUUUACAGAAAAAGGGCAAGUGGAAGUUGGUUUCGAAAGUCAUGGCUCAAAGGGGUCAUUUUGUUUCACCUCAGCAAUGUGAGGAUAAAUUCAAUGACCUUAACAAGAGGUAUAAGAGACUCAAUGAGAUCCUUGGGAGAGGAACUUCUUGUGAGGUUGUUGAGAAUCCAAUGCUGUUAGACAGGAUGGAUCACAUCUCAGCUAAAGCAAAAGAAGAGGUUCUGAAAAUUCUAAGCUCGAAGCAUUUGCACUACGAAGAGAUGUGUUCUUACCAUAAUGGGAAUCGGUUGCAUCUUCCCCCUGAUCCUGAGUUGCAACAUUCUUUACGCUUAGCCCUUAGAAGUAGGGAUAAUGAGGAUGAGGACGUGAAAAGGCAUACACAAGAUGACGAUGAAGAAAUUGAAUUGGAUGGACGAGAUGAAUCCGAGGAGAAUCCCGUUUUGUUUGGGGAUCACAGGGCAUAUAAGACGCCUGGGAGUUCUGCAAAGAGGAUAAAACAGUGUCAUAAGCAUGAACAGCUCGGUUUUGGAAAUUCUUUGGACGGCAACAGAACUUCCAAUAUCCAGCAAGAAAAUGCAGGUGCUGAUACAACUCAAGUGCAAACUGAAGGCAUGAAAGAAAACAUGUUACAAAAGCAGUGGAUAAAUCAUCGUACUCUUCAAUUGGAAGAAAAAAGGCUACAUAUUCAAUCACAGAUGUUGGAACUGGAGAAAGAGCGGUUCAAAUGGCAGAGAUUUUGCCAGAAAAAGGACAGAGAAUUGGAGAUGACGAGGUUGGAAAUUGAGAAUAUGAAACUCGAGAAUGAGCGGAUGGCCUUUGAGUUGAGGCAGAAGGAAAUUGGUUUUGACAAUAGGUAAUCUGUUGUCCACUUUUGUUUGAUCAUCAGGAACUUGCACGAACAAUUCAUAUUUCCCUUGUUUAGUCUGUGGGUUCAAGCUUAUUUUGCAUGCGAAAGUCUUGUUAGAAGAUUAAUUUGGAAGCAGGUCCCUGUUAUGUUGGUACGGUAAACUGGCCUUGUUUCCUCGCAUUUCCUUGAAUGUUCUAGUCUUUGCAGUAAAUCUUACCAUGUGGGAAAUUUUCUGCUUUCGUUUUGCAACCCUUAUUAUCUAGGUUUUUACCUUUUCUGCUUGAAACUUUUUAUCUUAAUGCAAAGGAAUAAUUUUUGUUAUGUUCU